AUGGGAUUUUCAUUGCAAGAUCUGACUCUCUCGACCCUUGUGGUCUCACUGCUGGGUUCACUCGGCGGCGUUUCUUUUGGCAUAGAUUACGGUUACUGGUCGGGCAUGCUGGGCAUGACUCAGUUUAAGAAAGAUUUUGGAGUGUAUAAUUCUGAUACAGACACUUGGGGAAUUCCUUCAAGUUGGCAAUCUGCUGGGAGCGGCGCUCCCAUUGCUGCACUAGCUGUGGGUGCCUUGAUAUCAGGCGCGGUGGGCCAGCAAUUGGGUCGUCUUCGAGUAUUUCGUAUAGGCUCUGUUGUGGUGCUUAUUGGCGUUGUAAUCCAAAGCUCUAGCAUCCGUUCUUUUUGGCAGAUUGUAGGUGGACGUAUCGUCACGACUAUAGCUCUCGGCAUCCUUGCCAACGCCAUCCCCGCGUAUCUUGCCGAAUGUGCCCCGUUGGCCAUCCGCGGAACUGUGAUCAACUGCUACCAGUUCUCGAUCUCUGUUGGGGCGAUCUUGGUGAAUACAGGCAACUGGGGCAUGCAAGGCCGGACGGACCAAUGGGCCUACCGUAUGGUCAUCGUUCUACAGGCCGUCAUUCCUUGUUUUUUCUUAUUAGGCUCCUUCUUCAUUCCAGAGAGUCCUCGUUGGUUGCUCGGCCAGGGUCGCCAAACUGAGGCGCAGAGGUCGUUGGAAAUCCUGCGGAGCAACACUCGGCGCGACGUGAUCGAGCGCGAGAUCCAACUCAUACUCGCAUCGGAAGAAGAGAACAGGCAUCAAUUCAACAGCUCCUGGGUUGACUGCUUCAAAGGAAGCAACCUUCGCCGAACGCUCAUCGCUACUGGUGUGCAGUGUCUGCAGCAAGCCCAGGGCAACUCAUUCAUGGCCUCGUAUUGCGUGACCUUCUUUGAGGCCAUCGGCUUCAAUGAUGUUUACAAGAUCACUGUGCUAUUCUACCUAUGCAUGGUAGUCGGAACCGCGGUGUGCUUUUACCUGCCAGAUCGAGUUGGUCGUCGCUGGCUUAUGAUUAGUACUGCUCUCAUUAUGGGAGUGUGUAUGUUUGUUGUCGCCGUCAUCACGGGAUCAAGUUUGGCCCAAAACGUACACGCCAUGAAAGGAGCUAUCGGCGCUAUAUUCAUUUGGCAGUUUCUGAUGGCUAUCGGCUGGAGUAGUUGCGUGUGGAUUGUCACCGCAGAGAUGCCAAGUCUGAUGAUUCGGGAAAAAUCAAUCAUGACGGCUACCUUCUGUGGAUUCUGUGUGUCUAUUAUCGUCACUUUUGUGAAUCCCUACAUUCAAAAUGCUGGGUAUGGUAACUUGCAAGGGCGUAUUGGAUUCCUUUACGGCAGCUUCUCUUUUGUCUCGGCAAUCUGGACCCUGCUAUUCUUACCUGAGACGCGUAACCGCAAUCUUGAAGAGCUUGAUGAGCUUUUCCAGAACAAGGUCUCCGUGUGGAAGUUUCCCAAAUACCAGACAACCGGAUAUGGCGCGCAGUUGACCGAAGUCGAAGAAGUAGCACACCGAGGUGAGGACUUUUCCGAGAAAGAAGCUACUGUGCGUUUUGAAGAUGAUGCUUGA